GACUUUGCUAUCGCAGUACGGCCAGUGUCAUACGCAGCAGUAUCGAGAAGGAAACCAGACAUCUCCUCAUCGAUGCUCAGGUCGUGGCCCCAGCCUCAACACCGACAUGACCACGGCAGAGGCCUGGUGACUCCUGACUGGCCGGCAUCAUUCUCCAACCAUCACCUGUCUACCCUCAGUCUGCUCAGCUCUCAGGAGGAAUACAGGAGCCAAGAGAGUGAAGAGUUUGGGCCGGUGUUCGUCCAGGAACCACAUGAUGCCGUCUUUGCGUUGGACUCUGAGGAGAAGAAAGUUAUGAUGAGCUGUGAAGCCAGAGGCAACCCUGUACCUGUAUACAGUUGGUUCAUCAAUGGAACAGUAGUGGAGACAGAGAACCGUUACAGCUUGAUCGACGGCAACUUGAUAAUAACCAACGCCAGCGAGACGGCAGACUAUGGGAGAUACCAGUGUAAGGCGGAGAACAGCUAUGGGACGGUCCUGAGUCGGGAUGCACUGCUACAGUUUGCCUAUCUGGGAUCCUUCAGUGGGAGGACGAGAGGAGGUGUGUCUGUAAGGGAAGGACAAGGAGUGGUGCUCAUGUGUACCCCACCCCCUCAUUCUCCAGGUAAGACCCUGACCCUUAACCCCUGA